UAUUCGCAGUUUUAAUUUUGAAUUUAUUUUGAAUUUAAUUUGCUCCGUUGCAAGGGACGAACGAUCCCAACCUGCUACAUUUAGCUUCAACUGAUGAACCUUAUCUCAAACAGAUGUGAAACGUAAACAUUUCGUAUUUUUAAAUAAUUUUUUUCAAAAACUUCGUUUCGUAUUUGAAAUAAAAUACAAAUAUUCGCUCAUUUUGAACCGGUAAUGACAUCAGAUUCUCAAAUCUACGGUUUGGAGUUCCAGGCCAGAGCUCUUUCAGCUCAAGUAUCUGAGACCGAAAAAACGAAAUUUUACAUCGGGACUCAAUCCUUGAAACUAGCGAGUAAUCAAGUUCACUCUGUACAGCUGAACGAAGAAGACGAUACUCUGAAAUCUCAAGUUUUCAGGCACAAAGAUGGAGAAAUAUGGUCCAUAUCAUCGUCUACGAAAGAUCCAAAUUUAAUUUCAACAUGUUAUAAUACCGUCGACGAAUCAGACGGUAAUUUUGGUAUGAAAUCAACGUUGUGGAAGGUACCCGAAGAAGAUGAUAACGAUUUAGAACGUUUGUGUGAUUUUGAUCUUAAAUCUCACGGUACAGAUAUCAAAAUAGCUGCUUUUCAUCCGAACGAUGGUUCUCAAAUAGCUACGGUCGUGGAUAAUAAAGUAUUGAUAUGGAGUAUCGGAUCUGGCUGCGCUGAACUCUCUAAUACUAUAUCAAUGGAAGCUAAAGGGAGUCCAAAAUUCACUACUGGUAAAUGGAAUCCACCUGUGAACGCUCAAUUUGCCACAGCUAACGAUUGCUCGGUUAAAGGUUGGGAUAUUCGUAGCUCUUCGAAACAUGCUUGGGUUAUAGAAAAUGCUCAUUUACAAUCAGUCAGAGAUCUAGACUUCAAUCCGAACCGCCACUAUUGCUUGGCCACUUGCGGAGACGAUGGCAGAUCUAGAUUUUGGGAUCUGAGAAACACCAGCCAAUCUCUAAUAACUAGAAAUGAUCAUUCUCAUUGGGUCUGGGCUAUUCGAUAUAAUCACUAUCACGAUGAACUAGUAGCUUCAGCUAGUAGCGAUACUAAAGUACUAAUAACUCGUAUUCAAUCUAUAUCAUCGUCUUCGGUAAUACCAGAAGAAGAAGGCAGUACUAGAGAUAAAUUAGCCGAUGGUGUAAUUGCUACUUUCGAUCAGCACGAAGAUUCGGUUUAUUGUGUCGAAUGGUCUUCCGCUGAUCCUUGGAUUUUGGCUUCGUUAAGUUACGAUGGACGAUUACUAAUUAAUAGGGUUCCAAAAACAGAGAAGUAUAAGAUACUGUUAUGAGAUUUGGACGAUUGAAAUGUACGAUGAGUUACGUUUCAAUAAUAGAAAUGGUUGCCGAUGCAAGAUCUGGUGCAGUUGUGGGCUUUGGAGAUCGAACUCGUGUCAGUCGAGUGAUCUUCGAACCGAACUUGUAUGCAGGAGGCAAAAUUAACUGUGAUAUCGAAUUGUUAAUUAAUUUAUUUAUGAGUUAUAGUAUAUACUAUCUAUCUACGUUAUUAUGAUGUGAACGUGUUCCAGAUUAUUUUUCAUUUCAUUUUUUAGUAUUUAAUUUUCGAUGAAAAUCGAAUAAAAUAAGUGUUACGAUAAUACUGGUUCUUGGCCAUUCUGGAGUUUUCAGUGAUUUUAGAAUUUUUCUCCUGAAAUUUCAAAUUACAUACUCUGGAGUGGCCCUAAAUGAACUUUAGAAUGCUUUAUUGAGCACCAUUUUGACCGUUUUAGUCGAUUACUUCGAAAUUCCAGGAGUGCCACUUCAAAAGUUAAUUUUUUAAAACAAUUUUGUGCAUUCCAGAAUAAAUGAGAAAAAAUCAAAUUUUUGAAGACCGAGCAAUUUUUGUGCUGGCGAAAUCUUUCUGGUAAUUUUACACGAUCACACUUUUGUUUUUUUCUCUCAACGUUGUAAGUUACUUUUUUCUUGAAAAUUUUCAAAAAUUUUUAUUUCCCGUCAAAAAUAUGAAAACAUCUCACAUUUUGAACUUUUUUGGCCUUGAGACUUUUGAGAAAUUUUUAGAAAAAAAAAUCGAGUUAUUUUGGAAUUCUUUACGAAAAAAUUGACGAUUUUUAGCAAAUAACUAGACCAUUUGGCAGUUUUGACAAAAAAUUACUUCUUUUCAACCUAAAAAUUGAAAGAAAUUCACUUUUUCGACAAAAAUUAUGAAAAAUUUGGGUACCAUUUUUUUGCCAAUAAUUUACAAAAAGUCUUGUUUUCUGCCAAAAAUUGUCAUACAUUCUCGCUUUUUCAAGAAUUGACAAAAAAUCUCGAUCGGUAGAAAAAGUGCUGGAAAUUCUGGGUGUUUCUAUUUAUAAUUCCAAAAAACUUGCUUUUUUCCAAAAAGUGCCAAAAACUCUAGUGUUUUAAACUUAAAAAGUGCAAUAAAAGUUUCGUUUUUCGAAAAAAAUUUGAAUAAUUUCUUGGCCAAUAAUUAUUAAUAAUUACUGCUUUUAGUAAAAAUUUUUGCUUUUAGCAAAAUUAUGCCAAAAUUGCUGAAAAUGUUCAUUUUUUCUCAAUAACUCCCGUUAAUUUUAUUUUUUUCAAAAAUUGUCGAAGUCUUACUUUUUGUGAAAAAUUAGGUAUCAAAAAUUGUCGUUUUUUUAAACAAAAUUGCUAAAAAUUGCAGUUUUUUUCUUGCAAAAAUUUCCAUCAAAAUGUUUACUUUUUCGCCCAUUUUUUUUUUAACAGGAACUACAAAAAUUGUCUCUUUAUUGCUGAAAAUUGCCGAAAAGACUCGGGUUUUGAUCAAAAAAAUUCAAAAUAGGUAGUUCAACCUUUUAAAAUUAAAAAUCAUUGAAAUUUAAGAUGAUGUGGUGUAUUUUUGUUUUUUUUACAUGAAAAUGUUUUGCUCACGUUUCGUCACAUUUUUGCUUAUUAUUUGGUCACCUACUUUUUUCAAGCUUUUUUGGAUACUAAUUUUUUUUUGCUGAAAAUUGAGUUGAGCUCUGAAAUUUGAUUUUUGGGGUUAUCAAAUUUUUUUAGUAAUUUAAAAUUGCUCUUGAAAGACCGAAAAUCACCUAUGGAACCUGUAAUCGCAUUUUUUCGAAAUUUAUGAAUUGACCAAAAAUUUACUUUGAACAAGCAGUCCUCGAAUUCAACGUUAAGCGAUUUUGAAUUUUUGGAGAAAGUUUAAAAAUCGAGUUUAAUUAAAAUUUAUUCGCAUUAGUUAAUUUUGUUCAAAAAAUUUUAUUCAAUUUUACAAAAAGUUUUGAAAACCACCCAUAAAUCGUUUUUUUUUUAAAUUUGUAAUGUUCAAAAAUUUAUUGUUAAAAAUUCAAAAAAAUGAACUUUAGGAUCUGAAAUUUUGAUUAGGAGGAUUUCAAAACAUGCUCUAUCGACCUGGCUUGUCAGGGAGUGUCAAUUCGAAAAAUUUCCCUUGUUAUUAAGUAAUUUUCAUCUUAUUUGUUUCUAAUGCUCCAAUUCAUAUUUAUGAAAUCCAAGCUGACUUUCCUCAGACUGUUCAAGUUCAUAAAAGCUUGAAAUUAUUUUUAUUUUAUUGUUGAAAAAUAUAUAUAUUUUAUAAAAUUACAAAAUUCUAAUUCGAAUAUCAUCUUCAUGAUUUGAAAAUAAUUUCACGUAAAUCUUUUAAGUGCUCAAUCAAAUGUUUAGAACUAAAUAAAAUCAGUUGGGAUCUAAUAUUCCAGGCCUCAUUAUCGAUUUAAUAGUGGAACGUUUAAAAAAUUGCUUCAAGAACGAUGCACGAUUUUGGUAUCAUCCUGAAUUUGUCUCUUGUAUUUAGUUCAUUGCUGCAACAGCAGAUGGGUUCAUAUUAUUACUAAACGAAUAUUAAUUAAAUAUCAAGUCAUCUAAGCUCAAAAAAUGAAACUUACCCAACUUCGAAUUCGGAAUUUUGACUAACCAAGGCAAUAUUAAAAUUCGUAUUGGGGACAUCUGUUAUGGUAUUUUUGAAAUCAAUGACCUCCUCUUCAUUACUGAGAUUUAUCAUUAUUAUGAAUAUUUCAUUCUGUAGACUUCUGCACAAAUAAAAAUAACACUCGA